UCCGCUCCGCAGCGAGCGAGCGAGCGAGGGGGUGGGACGAGUAGGCUGGGCGGCUCCUGCGCCCUUGUUGUUGUAGAGCGUAGAGGGGGAGUCGGGCGGCGAAAAUGGGCAAUUGUUACACGGUGGGACCCAACGAGGCGCUGGUGGUGUCAGGUGGCUGCUGUGGAUCAGAUCAUAAGCAAUAUGUCAUUGGGGGAUGGGCCUGGGCCUGGUGGUGCGUCUCGCAGGCACAGAGGAUUUCCCUUGAGAUUAUGACGCUUCAGCCCAAGUGUGAGGAUGUAGAGACCGCAGAGGGGGUAGCACUAACUGUCACAGGGGUCGCUCAGGUGAAAGUAAUGACUGAUCUGGAGUUGCUAGCUGUAGCAUGUGAGCAGUUCCUGGGGAAAAGUGUCAUGGAGACCAAAAGUGUGGUGCUGCAGACCCUAGAAGGACACCUCCGAGCAAUCCUGGGAACAUUGACUGUCGAAGCCAUUUACCAAGACCGCGAUCAGUUUGCUCAGCUGGUGCGUGAGGUGGCUGCUCCUGAUGUAGGCCGCAUGGGAAUCGAGAUCCUCAGCUUCACUAUCAAGGAUGUUUACGACAAAGUGGAGUACCUCAGUUCAUUGGGGAAGGCCCAGACAGCAGUGGUGCAGAGAGAUGCGGAGAUCGGAGUGGUGGAAGCCGAGAGGGAUGCCGGGAUCCGGGAAGCUGAAUGCAAGAAGGAAACCAUGGAUGUCAAGUACAGUGCGGACACCAAGAUGGCAGACUCCAAACGAGCAUUUGAAUUGCAGAAGGCAUCUUUUAAUCAGGAGAUAAAUAUAAAGAAAGCCGAGGCUCAGCUGGCUUAUGAACUCCAGGCGGCCAAAGAGCAGCAGAAGAUCAGACUGGAAGAGAUUGAGAUCGAAGUGGUGCAGCGCAGGAAGCAGAUUGACAUUGAGGAGAAAGAGGUUGUUCGCAUGGACAAGGAGCUGAUCGGGACGGUGAAGAGGCCGGCAGAAGCAGAGGCCUUCAAGAUGCAGCAGCUUGCAGAAGGCCAGAAGGUGAAGCAAGUGCUGUUAGCCCAGGCUCAAGCUGAAAAGAUCCGCAAGAUCGGUGAGGCUGAGGCUUCCUCUAUUGUAGCCAUUGGAAAAGCCGAUGCUGAGAGGAUGCGUUUGAAGGCAGCAGGAUAUCGGCAGUAUGGAGAAGCAGCCAAGAUAGCGAUGGUGCUGGAUGCUCUUCCCAAGAUCGCCGCACAGGUAGCAGCUCCACUUGCUAAGACGGAUGAAAUCGUGAUCCUUGGUGGAGACAGUCACCGCAUUACAUCAGAGGUCACGCGCUUACUGGCUGAGGUCCCUGCCUCCGUCCAUGCUCUCACAGGGAUGGAUCUCUCGAAGAUUCCUUUGAUGCAGAGUUUAACCAAAGCUUGAUCAUCAGUCAACCAACCUAGGAUGUUUCCCCACAGAAAGUACUACUCCACAGCUCUGCACCUCAGAAUACUUGUAUAAGGAUCUCCUUUUCUACGAAAAUUUAUGCGAUUUUCUUUUUUUAGAUUUUUUUGGGGUUUAGUUUUAAACCUCUGGUGCCUUAAUUUAAUCUGGUUCAGAAUAUCAAGCAGUUUUGUUUUUAAAGUGAUCCAAACUUUCAAUCAUUGCUUUUCAUUUGCUGAUGUUCACACUUUGCUUUCAGAGUACAUGAGAUUCCAGUCCAUGUUGCAGGUUGUGUGGAGGUUAGUUAUUCAUCGGAAAACCACACCAGCCUUGUGGAAUGUUGGCUGGUUGAAACUUUCUGCGGCUUCCUUACCUUUUUAUUUCAGCGCCACUGUCAAUCCUAACAACCUGGUGGCGUUGAUAUUUGGAAAGGAACCAUCAACCCAGCAGAAGGCCACUCAGCUAAUCAUUCCUGUACUUGGAUUCUUACUUUCACACUGAAUACCUAGACUCGUUUCCACUGAACUUCAGAGGACAAUGAACUCUUGAAGUGCCUUUGUUGUUGGACUUAAGCUUGGACAUUCCAAGAUCUCCCUGACCAACCUACAACAUGGACAGAGAACAAGCAAAGGGUGGCAAGUACCAAGAGAGUUGGUAGUUCUAACAGACCAGGUUGUUGUUUUGUUUUUUUUGACUCCCCUGUGUCACUGGUUAAACCUGAUCAUGGAAUGGUGAUACCAAGAGACACGGCCAAUCCUGGAUGGUCUCCUCAUGAGUGUCUCAGGAUAGGAGAGAAUAGGUGGUUGAUGUGUGGAGGACAUUUUUGGAUGUUCUGCUCGACUGAAUACUGGUCACGAUGUGAGAUUGUGUACAUUAAAUUUGAAAGUCACUGCAGGAUUCACAACCUGCAAGAAUAAAGUUUAUAUGUAUCAACCACUUUUUGGUCUCAGCUGUUGAUUAUGCUGGAUAUUAUGUACACAUCUAAAUCACGUGCUCACCUCGCUGUUUUCUCCAGUGGGGCCAAAGAAAUGUCCUCCAUACAGCAACGAGAAUGCAUCCCUGUGAAUCUCUGGUCUGGUCAGGUGAUGAGAUACUGGCUGUUACCUGUGACACACAGAUGCACCACCUGAAGUAGCAGAGAGCCGUGAAUCCAUUUCACUCCAACUAGAACUAGCAAACAAAAUACCCCGUACCCUUCUCUGGUAGAAGGAUGGUGCCUUAGGCCACAGACACCAGAGAGCAGCCAGGACACUGGGUUGAGUCUGGCUGGGGUUCCACAGCUGCAUGUUUACACUGGUGAAUCUACCGGUGCAUCAGCGGAGUCUUCCAGUGACGCACCUCACCCUCCAUCUGAAAUCAAAUGGCAGCUAGAUCAGAGGCUCUGACACUCUUCAGUCCCGUGCUCACUGGCUGUGGGGAAAAGGUCUCUGGGUUGUCCAUGUUUUGACCUCAGCAACUAUUGGUAAGAGUCCGAAAUGGGUGAAGUUGUUCUCUGAACACAGCAAGCAGCCACACUCCCACUCCCUUCUUCAAUGUAUCAAAGUCUUAAAUACAAACUGCAAAUCAGAUAGAAUUAGCCAGCUGGUAUGAAAUAUCCAUACUGCACCAACUCAAGAAAUUCAUGCAAUUAUUUUAAAUGGGUGAGUGGCUGUGUUGAGGGAGUAGAGUUCUGCCUUCCACACUGGUUACCUCUGUUACUGUUUCUGGUGCCUGCGAUUUUGACAUAUUACCUACCUACCAAAGUGCAGCCUGAAGUUUCCACUGUGAGAAUUUAUGCAAAUUCUGGAAUGCCAUCUAAACUUCUCUAUGGUGUGUGACCUGCCCCCACCCCUCCCUCUGCCUGAUGCCCCUGCAUGGGGUGAACAUCAGUUCAGAGCAAAUUGUUUUUCCUGUUUUUCCAAAUGUAUUCCAGGAACAGAAGCCAUGCAUUCGUGCAACAGGUUUUAAACCCCCUCGACUUUAGUUUCUGUCACAGUGCAGGAACCUUUUACUGAAGCUGCAGGUGAGGCGAAAUUUCCCAUUCCUGGUGUGUUCCAUUUCUUUUCUAAUCUCUGACAGUGGAAUAUGCGUCACAAAGCAGCCUACGGCCCUGUGUAAUUAGAUUUUCUCCAGCUCAUAGAGUCAUACAGCACGGAAAGAGGCCCAACUCGCCCAUGCCAACCAAGAUGUUCCAUCUAAAUUAGUCCCGUACCCGUCCAAGUGUCUUUUAAAUAUUGAAGAUUGACAGCAAAACUCAGCAUCUAUGGAGUAUAAACCAGCAUCUGCAGUUCCUCCCUACUCAUCUUUUAAAUGUUGUUAUGUUCCUGCCUCAACUACUACUUCUGGAAGCUUAUUCCGUACACAUCCCCACCCUCUGUGUAAAAAAGAUGUCCCCCAAGUUCCUGUAAAACUAGGACGACACUGGCGCAGCUUGUCAAGCCGCUGACUCAUAGCGCCAGAAACCCGAGUUCUGUAACUUUAUCAAAAUCUUUCUCCUUUCUGCCCUCUUGUUCUUAAUUUCCCUGUCCUGGGGAAAAGACUGUGCAUACGCCCUGUCUAUGCUUCUCAUGAUUUUAUACACCUCUAUAAGAUCACCCGUCAGCCUUGUAAGCUCCAAGGAAUGAUCUCCCAGCUUGCCCAACCUCUCCCUAUAGCUCAGGCCCAAGAAUCCUGGGAACAUCCUCGUAAAUCUUCUCUGCACCCUUUCCCAGCUCAAUGGCAUGUUUCCUAUAGUAAGGUGAGUAAAACUGACCACAAUACUUCAAGUGCAGCCUCACCAACAUUUUGUACAUAGCUUAAGUUGCAUUGGAGACUGAUUACCAUCCCUGCAGGUGUGUGAUGUUGGGUAUGGGGAUAUUGCAAGUACACAGUGAAAUGUUUGAUCUUCGCAUUCCCCUCCCCUUCGGGAGGACCAGAACAACUUUAACUUUGCAGUUUAACCUCUGAGUCCCAAGGUCCCGCCACUGAGCCAACGGGAUGCAGUUAACUGGCCCAUGGCUUAUUCAACCAGCCACGCUUUUUAAUGCAUUGACAAUGUAAACUGAAAAUUAAUUUGAUCGUGUUUUUUCCUGCCAAAAAUAAUUUUCUUUAAUGAUGCAUCUGUGUAAAAAAAAAUUAAAAUUUGAAUCGACAUUUCUGAAAACUUAAAAAUAAGUAUAAAGAGGAGCGAAUGUGGUGUUUAAUAUGUACUCCCUAACAUUUGUAUAGAAUUAGUGGUACAAUUAUGUAUACAGUCAGAAGUAAUUGUUUAUGUAGUCUGUUUUUCAAAUUGAUUUGCAUCUAUGGUAAUCACUACUCAGUGAAAUAUAAAUACUGACAUGUUGGUCCAAA